AUGGCGGCUGAAGAUGAAGUCUUCGUCAUGAAACUUGAUGGGGAUCCAGGAGACUUCCACUGCAUGGCUUGCCUCAAGAUCUGCAACUACUUGGAUCAAAUUUAUUGCUGUGCCAAGACGUGUAACAUGCCAGGGCAACAACAAAGAUGCGAGGGUGCCUUCUUGAAAGUCUGCCUUCAACGUCAUGCUAUCGAUGAGAUGGUCACUGCGAUGCUUGCUGACAAGAAGAUUGUCGAUAUGAAGGGAAACUGUCUGUUCUGUCGCAACAAGAAACACCACGAGGAGCUCAAAUGGUGCGCUGGAAAGACCAAGCUGGAGCUUUUCUUGCAUGUCAUCGACCGCGAAGACUGGAAAAUCGACACACUGCUCGAAAAGUACUUCGAGAUCCGUGUGCAGAACCGAAUGAACGACUUGAGAAAGGUUCAGGCUCGUAUCGAACGCGAGAUGCGUGCGGUUGCCGAGGCACAUGGAAAACAACCAGCAGAAAUUGAGCAUAUGAUGGCGAAACAAGGACGCUCGGCUCGUCGCAUUCAAAGAAGAGAAGUGGAUCAUAUCGAGACGGAGAAUGAGGGAAUCCGCAGACGUCUGGGUGUCAAGCUUCUCAAAAAGAAGAAUCAAACGAUCCAACGUAUCAAGGACGCUUGCGAGGCUGCACCGAUACCUGAGAUGGUGUGUACACAAAUGAAUCUCCAAAAAUUAAAUGUGAACUAA